GACGUUUAUGACGCAAUUCCUACAAUUGUUACAACUUUUGUAGCGAUAAUCGCAAAAAUUUCCAUAUUUAUUUUCCUACUAGAAUUAGUUCACUAUACAAUUAUAGGAACUGUUGUAGGGUUAACACAGUCUAGAAUUAAAAGACUUUUUGCAUUUAGUACAAUUUCACACGUAGGGUUUAUUCUAUUAGGACUGAGUAUACACACAGUAGAAUCAACACAAGCCUUUAUGUUUUAUCUAAUCCAGUAUUCUAUAUCAAACUUAAAUGCGUUUAUCUUACUUAUUACUAUAGGUUACUCUUUAUACUGUUAUGUUUAUAAUACAGAAUCUAACGAAAAAGAAGAAAGCAAUAGUAAUAAUAACAAUCUACAUGACGUGGACAAUUCACCUAUUCAACUAAUUGACCAGUUAAAAGGGUUGUAUUAUAUUAAUCCUAUAUUAUCGUUAAGCUUAGCGAUAACUUUAUUUUCUUUCGCAGGAAUACCUCCGUUAAUAGGAUUUUUUGGUAAACAAAUGAUUUUAAGUGCAGCUAUUGACAACGGUUAUAUAUUUAUGUCACUUGUUGCUAUCUUAACAAGUGUUAUAAGUGCGGUUUACUAUUUAGCUAUCAUAAAACAAAUCUUUUUUGAUAAACCAGACUAUAAAGUAAACAAUGAAUUAACAGAUUUACAUGCAGAAGGGGCUAUUGCGGAAAAAAACACGAUUAGUAAAAAAGUUACUAUAACAAUAAACAAUAUUGUUUUAUCAAGCUCAUUAAGUUUAUCUAUUUCUAUAAUAACACUUGUGAUAGCCUUGUUUAUUUUCAUACCCGAAGAAUUAUUAAACUUAGCUAAUAUAUUAGCAUUAAUACUUUUUAACAUAUAA